AUGGCUAGUCCUCCCGUUCUAGCUUUCGAUGCCGAGGGCCGUCCAGUGAAGUUCGAAACCUGGCUAGAUGACCUGCACCUGUUCCUACAGCUCACUGCCAAGGAAGAUAUCUCACUGUACGACCACGCCCUAGGCCAUGCCACUGCCCCUGACUCGUCUGCUGACAGCACUCUGCGUUCCCAGUGGCAGACCCGUGAUGCGCACGCUCGCUUUGCUAUUCGCAACUCCCUGCCGCUAGACGAGCGCGAGCACUUCGGCCAGUGCAAGACUGCUAAGGACCUCUACACCGCUGUAGUUGCCCGCUACUCCUCACCCGCCUCUGCCACGCUAGGCCGCCUCACUCUCCCCUACCUGUUCCCCGACCUAGCCUCCUUUCACACUGUCGCAGACCUCAUCACCCACCUUAAGACUAGUGAGGCCCGCUUUCGCGCUGCUAUGCCUGCCGAGUUUCUCACUAGCAACCCCCCCCCACUCUGGAUCACUCUCUACCACAUCGUCACCCGCCUCCCUGACUCUCUGCGCGCAGCACCUCUCGUGGCGACCCCCGCACCCCGUUCUUUGAGGGGUGUUCCCCUUCCCCCCUCCUCCCCUCUGUCGCCUCUGCUGCUGCUGUCGACCUUCUUGGUGCUGAGAAGGUCGGGACCGCGUCUGCUUCGAGCGGGCGCCGCAGGAACAAAGGGGGCAGGGGUGGGGGUGGCGGCGGAGGAGGUGGGGGUGGAGGCGGUGGGAGUGGAGGCGUGGCUGCGGAGACUAGUGGCGGCAGUGGGGGAGGAGACAGCAGCGGUGGGAGUGGUGGUGGAGGCGGCAGCGGAGGCGGAGGUGGUCGUGGCGGCGGCAGGGGUGGAGGUGGCCGGGGCGGCGGCGGUGGGGGUGGUGGUCGUGGAGGCACUGGCGGAGGGCAGAGUCAGCAGCCCGCCCCGACGCUUCAGGCCGCCCGUGAGUGGUAUGCGCAGCGUAGCGUUACCUGCACACUUUGAUGCUAUUCUCACUGCCAUGUAUGCGAUGUCUAUUAGUGGAGAGGGUGCUCAGUACUUGCGUGUUCCGCCCGACCCGGGCAUUCAGGCCAGUCCGGCUGCCGCUCUAGGUGCUAGCGCGUCUGCUCCCACAGGUCCUGGUGAGGCUGCAGCCCUAGGUGCUCGUGCGUCCGUGUCCCCUGGUACUGAGUCGACUGCAGCACUACACACCUUCACACUGGACUCAGGUGCUUCUCGCUCCUUCUUUCGUGACCGCACUGUCCUUGAGCCACUCGCUCGGCCAGUUGCUGUCUCCCUUGCUGACCCCUCUGGGGGUCCGGUCAUUGCGACCUCCUCCACUGUCCUUCCUUGUCCGGCGGUCCCGUCCGGCACGCUGUCAGGUCUCUACCUCCCCUCGUUCUCUACGAACUUGGUGGCAGGUAGUGCGCUCCAGGACGGGGGUGUUCACCAGUUCACCCCCGCCUACGAGCGCGUGACACACUGCACGUGUGCUCGGACGGGUUGCCACCUGGCUACCUUCACUCGGGAGCCGGGGUCGGACCUGUACACACUGACCACUGAGUCUCCUCAGGUAGCUGCGUCUGCGUCUACGUCUGCGUCUGCGUCAGGUCAGCUGUCCGCCCCCUGCUCGUGUCGCUCUCUGGCGCAUGAGACUGUCCUUUGGCACCACCGCCUUGGUCACCCGUCUGUGCAGCGCCUUCGGGCCAUGCACAAACGGGACCUUGUUGCUGGUCUUCCCAGGGUGCUCCCUCCCCUUCCCGACUCGCCUGCUCCUCCCUGUAUUCCCUGUGUCGAGGGACGGCAGCGCGCCGCUCCUCACUCCUCCUCCUUUCCCCCGACGACUGCUCCCUUGCAGACGCUCCACAUGGACGUGUGGGGCCCAGCCCGCGUCCGUGGUCAGGGUCAGGAGAGGUACUUCCUGAUUGUUGUUGACGACUUCUCACGCUACACCACGGUCUUCCCCUUGCGCGCCAAGGGUGACGUCCCUGAUGUCUUGAUCCCUUGGAUCCGCAGAUCUCGUCUCCAGCUCAGUGAGCGUUUCCACUCCGACUUCCCUGUCCUGCGUCUGCACUCUGACAGAGGUGGGGAGUUUUCCUCUGGCCUAUUGGAGGCCUUCUGUCAGCAGGAGGGCAUUGAGCAGUCGUACACGCUUCCGGCCUCUCCACAGCAGAAUGGGGUUGCUGAGCGCCACAUUGGUCUGGUCAUGGAGGUCGCUCGUACCUCCUUGAGCCAUGCGGCUGCCCCCCAUUUUCUGUGGCCGUUUGCAGUUCGAUACGCUGCACAUCAGCUCAACCUCUGGCCCCGUGUCUCCUUGCCCGAGACUUCUCCGACACUGCGUUGGACGGGAGAGGCUGGCGAUGCGUCGCGUUUUCGGGUCUGGGGAUCCCGAGCUUUUGUUCGCGACACGUCCGCGGACAAGCUCUCCCGUCGCGCUGUCCCCUGCGUCUUCCUUGGCUUUGUCCCGGACGCCCCUGGCUGGCAGUUCUACCACCCCACCUCGCGUCGUGUCCUGGCCUCUCAGGACGUCACUUUUGACGAGUCCGUCCCCUACUACCGCCUCUUCCCCUACCGCACUGCCCCGCUCCCCCCCCCGCCUCUCUUCCUCGCUCCAGGUGCUGAGGUACCAGACCCCCUCCCCCCUCAGGGUGCCGCUCCCUCAGGUGUGUCCCAGGUAGACCCGGGUGAGCCUGUCGAGGUAGCUGUUGACUCUCGUCCGUCUGGGGGUGCUGAGCCUGGGGGUGCUGCGUCUGGGGGUGCUGAGCCUGGGGGUGCUGCGUCUGGGGGUGCUGAGCCUGGGAGUGCUGAGUCUGGGGGUGCGGAGCCUGGGGGUGCUGAGCCAGGAGGUGCGGAGCCUGGAGGUGCGGAGCCUGGAGGUGCUGAGCCUGGGGGUGCUGAGUCUGGGGGUGCGGAGUCUGGGGGUGCUGAGCCUGCGCGUGCUACACCUGGAGGAGCCCUCUCCUCCCAGCAGCUGCAGGAGAGGUACCUCGAGUACUGCCGCCUCCGGAGAGGUGCUGCUGGAGCUCGUCCCGGUACUUCCCCUCCUACCCAGGAGCUCCCCCCCAUUCAGCAGAUCCGCGAGUGGUACACACGCCGCUGCAGUCUUCGGAGUGGUGCUCCUGGUGCUGCGGACCCUGGGGGUGGCGCUGCUGCUGGUGCUGAGGACCCGGACGUUGGAGCUGCUGCUGGUGCUGCGGACCCGCCUGGUGGAGCUGCUGCUGGUGCUGAGGACUCGGACGUUGGAGCUGCUGCUGGAGCUGAGGACCCGGGCGGUGGCGCUGCUGCUGGUGCUGAGGACCCGGACGGUGGAGCUGCUGCUGGUGCUGAGGACUCGGACGGUGGAGCUGCUGCUGGAGCUGAGGACCCGAGCGGUGGCGCUACUGCUGCUGCUGAGGACCCGGGCGUUGGAGCUACUACUGGUGCUGAGGACCCGGCCGGUGGAGCUGCUGCUGGUGCUGUGGACCCGGACGCUGGAGCUCCUACUGGUACUGAGGACCCGGCCGCUGGAGUCUCCUCUGCUUCUGGAGACGCUGCGCGGCCGCGACCGUACUUCGUAUCGCUCCUUCAGCAGGUUCUUGGGCAGGCUCCUCCUCCUUGUCCUCCUCCCUCCGUAGAGUGUCCCCCGCCUGUCCAGCCGCAGUCACAGUUACCGCCUACCUCGCCUCUCCCUGCUCCCUCUCCUUACACUGGUCCCACAGGAGGUCUUACAGAGCGUCGUGAGCCUGAGUCUCGUCCUGCGUCGCCUGUUCGUCCUGCUCGCACUGGUAGUCGUGUCCGUCGUGAGCGUCCUCCUCCUGUUCCAGGGACUCACUACAUGACUCUGCAUCCCUCUACUGCUCCUCAGCGUGUCCCUCUACCGUCUCCUCCUGCGUCCUCUUUGCCUGACGUUCCGGACCCUGAGUCUGACCGGUAUCGUGCUGAGCACCCUACUGUCACGCGUCUCCUUGCUACUGUUGUCACUGACCCUACCUUUGAGACCUCGGCUGCGUCUGCUCUGGUCGCUGAGUUGGUUGACUUUGCUGCUGCCUGUCGUCUAGACUACGCUGCUAGCCUUGUUGCUGAGUCUGUCUGUCCUCAGUCCGUCGGGGGUGAGUGUGCUCUUGGCACGGACGUCCUUGAGGACAGACAGGAGGAGUUCCAGUGUCUUGCUGCUGCUUUGCCCCGUCUCGUGUCCUUGCUAGUUGCCCCUGAGGGAGACCCGGAUGCACCAGACAUCCCGACCCCGCGCACUUACGCUGAGGCGAUGGCGGGUCCCUACUCCUCUCAGUGGCAGACAGCCAUGGACGCCGAGAUGGCUUCCUGGAAGUCCACACGCACCUACGUCGACGAGGUUCCCCCUCCUGGGGCGAACAUCGUCAGUGGCAUGUGGAUUUUCAGGGUGAAGCGGCCGCCGGUUUCUCCUCCUGUCUUCAAGGCGCGUUACGUGGCUCGAGGCUUCAGCCAGCGAGAGGGAGUUGACUUCUUCCAGACCUUCUCCCCCACCCCGAAGAUGACCACUCUUCGGGUGCUGCUGCACAUAGCCGCUCACCGCGACUACGAGCUUCACUCACUUGACUUCAGCACUGCUUUCUUGCAGGGCAGCCUGCACGAGGAGAUCUGGCUGCGCCGCCCACCUGGCUUCACUGGGUCGUUUCCUCCUGGUACCCAGUGGAGGCUUCAGCGGCCGGUCUACGGUCUCCACCAGGCUCCGCGUGAGUGGCACGACACACUGAGGACUACAAUUGCGGCUCUUGGGUUCGCGUCACUGUUCCUGCGCACCGACACCUCGCUGCCGCCGUUCUACAUCCUCGUGUACGUCGACGACUUGGUCUUUGCCACUGCUGACACUGCAGGACUCGCCUACGUGAAGUCGGAGCUGCAGAGGAGACACACGUGCACAGACCUGGGUGAGCUGACAAGCUAUCUUGGCUUGCGGAUCACCCGGGACAGAGCACGGCGCACCAUCACCGUGACUCAGUCACACAUGGUGCAGCAGGUUCUCCAGCGCUUCCGCUUCACGUACUCCUCGCCUUAG